CACGGGCAGCCAAGCCAGUGUAACGGUAGCUAUUUAUCAGAUAAUUCUGGCAUAUUAUAAAAUGUCAUUACACCGGUCCUCUGUGUCUUCCCUUGGGCUGCUCUCGGAGUCUCCGAGGUCUAUAUUUUUGCUUUUAAAGCUGUGAAUUAUUUUGCAGCUCGUCUGAGCGCAGUGAAGUAGUUAUCAGCGGCGGUUAUUUAUUAUUAUCGCUCAGACCGGCGGCGGCAGCAGGAGCCUCUAUGGAGACAGAGCUCGUCUCUUGGACAACGGCCGCGCUGAAAACACGAGCCCGGAGAUUUUCUCCCUGUCGGUCUAAAACCACAGAGACGCUGGCAGCAGGUUAAACUGGCUCACUGUCAGCCUGCGCUCACACCGGUGUCACCGCGAGUAACGCUUAUAAAUGGAGGGAAAACGCUUGUCCUGAGAGUACUGCGAGCUUAACAGCGCUGAAAAUGGACAUAUUACACUAAAACACGCAGGAAAGUUGUGAUGAAGAAUGAAAAUUGUACAAGUCGGAAUCGUUUAUUUGUCUACUGGCUUUAAGACGAACAUCCAAACUCACUUCAAGUUUCUGUAAAAGUCGCAGUGAUGGGUAAAAAUCAGGAGAAGCCAGAGCGGGAGCAGUCCUGCAGGCCGGUGGAGGCUCCAGAUGGUGGUUGGGGCUGGGUGGUGGUUGGAUCGCUCUUCAUGAUCUCGGCUCUGGUGUUCGGACUGAUCCGCAGUCUGGGGGUCUUCUUUGUGGCGUUUGUGCAGUACUUUGAGGAGAGUGCGCAGGCGGUUUCCUGGAUAACAUCCAUAGGAGUUGCUAUGCAGCAGCUAAUCAGUCCUAUAGGCACCGCUGCUUGUAAUGCCUAUGGAGCUCGUCCUGUUGUUAUGCUGGGAGGAUUCCUGUCAGGACUCGGACUCAUCUUGGCUUCACAGGCUACAACACUUGCACACCUUUACCUGACCAUGGGAAUAAUUUCAGGUUCAGGUUGGGCUCUAGUCUUCACUCCAGCGAUAGCCUCAGUGAUGCAGUAUUUCACAACACGGCGCUCUCUGGCCAUGGGUCUGGGCUUCACGGGUGUCGGCCUCUCCUCCUUCGCCUUCUCUCCGCUCUUCCAGUACCUGGUGCAGACGUACACGUGGCGUGGAGCUCUGCUCAUACUAGGGGGUCUCAGCCUCAACAUGGUGGCUUGUGGUGCCCUUAUCCGACCCCUUAAACCCCCCAAAGUUAUGGAACAGGCUGAAAGCUCCUGCAAAUCUAGUGGCUGUGCUUCUUUUCUAUCCCGAGUGUGUGAAUAUUUCGAGCUGUCGCUGCUAACACACCGAGGCUUCAUCACCUACAGCGUGGCAGUCACUUUCUUCAACGCUGGUUAUUUUAUUCCUUAUGUCCAUCUGGUGGCCCACAGUCGCCUCACCGGAUUCAGUGAGUACAAAGCUGCGUUUGUCAUUUCUGCCACCGGCGUGACUGACAUCGUGGGGCGUGUAGUGUCUGGCUGGGCCUCGGACCUUCACCGCGUACGAACAGUCCACCUCCUGACCGUGUGGACGGGGCUUGUGGGCCUCUUUCUCCUUCUGCUGCCGCUGUGCUCUCUGGGAGGAAACUACGCUGGACUCUUGGUGGUCAGUCUAGCGUACGGGUUCUGCGCUGGGGCCAUGACUCCACUGGUGUUUGCUGUGGUUCCGGAGAUUGUGGGAAUGGACCGCAUGCUGGGAGCACUAGGUCUAUUACAGCUUAUAGAGAGUGUGGGGGGCCUACUGGGAGCACCACUGUCAGGCUGGUUAAGAGACCUCACAGGUUCCUACACUGCCUCUUUUGUGGUAGCUGGUGGGUUUCUUAUCUUUGGCACCAUAAUAACAGCAACUCUUCCUCACUUCUUUUCUUGUACCAACCCUCAACCCCUAUCGCCAAAGAAAAAGGCCAAGAACCAGAGCACUGAAGACGGGUUGCUCAAACAGACGUUAUCCCCAGAGUCUGUGGAACAUGAGAAGCUGCACUCUUUAGAGGAUAUACGUUCCUCAGACAACGAUUCACAACAGCCUUCAUAUCACAAUCGCACAACAGAACCGGGUUCAGAAGCGGAACACACACCUCUUACUGCAGACAGGACAGAGGCUGAGGGAACAUGUGUUUAACACUAGAAACACUGACUGACUGACUAGAGAUUUUUAAACUGCAUGUUUUUUAGUGCAAAAGAUUAUAAUGUGUUGUGAAAGAGGGAGGGAGAGAACUUGUCAUUGUAGCAAGACAGAAAGCAGGACCAUCAUUAAAGUUGGCCACUUUACAUCACCUCAGGUAGGCUAUAAAGUAUAAUGCACUUUUGUAUUUGCUGCUUUCGGCUAUGGAAAUGGUUUCUGCUGUCUGUAGCUCUAUUUUGACGGGAUUAGUUUUACAGUAUAUACUAUACAGUAUAGUAGAUUAUGGCAUCUUUUCAUUUUUUAAAAUGAGCAAAAAAAAUUCAAAUGACCUCAGGUACAAACAUUAUUCCUGUGUGAAUGCACAUAUGGGUACAGUUAUGGUAGUUUUUUAAGCAAGUCUGUACCAAACCCAAACUCAGUCAAGACCAGAAAAUGAGCCAAUGAACACUUCAGUUUGUGGUAGCUUUACUUAGCCAAGUCUCCAUCAGUGUUAUGAACACACAGCUGCUAAUGUUUAUUCUAAAAUUUCAUUAUAAACCACCUUUAAGUGGGUUUUAAGGUUAUCUUGUGGUGAUACAGUGCAUAAAUCAAGUAGCCACUCCCAUCUCAGUCAUUUCUUAGUUCAUGCAAAUGGUUCUUAAAUAUUACAGACGUCCUGUAGUAUUGUAUCAAGUUAUAUCAGUUCACCACCCCAUGUGAAACUAAUCCCAUCCGAAUAGGUCUUAAGACAGUGUUGAGACUUGCUGUGUCAAAUUUUAGGGUCAGAUAACUUUUCUUAGUUCUUAGUAAUUAGAAGUAGUUCUUCUAAUGUAUUUUGCAACCAAAAUGUAGGAUGUGUCUUAAACAUUGUGACGCAUCAUACAUGUACGUACAUGCUGACAUAUCAUUCAAAUAGAGGGCACUGCUCUCCUCACAUAUACUGAUGCUAUGACUUCCAUUAUUACCACAGUAACAGCCUUAAAAUGGAAUCAAAUUUUACACUCUUUACUUGUGCAUUAUUAGGCUUCCUGCUCCACUGUGCUCCUUCUAUCAUUAACCAAAUAACAGCAUUAGGAUGUGACGCACUUUGAUGCCAUUUGUUCCAUCCGUUCCAAAUCCAAACAGCCUGACCUGCUUUACAGACACUAGACCAGCACACACUGUGUUACAUGUUGUCAAAUUAGCACAGAGUGCUAAAAAGCUACAGCAGGAGAGAAAGCACAAAUUUGUCACUAUUCCACACACAGGGUUUCUUCACUACAUAAAUGGCAGCAUAUCUUUAGAAAUAUUUUUUUUUAUAUAUGGACUGAGCCUAAACUCAACCUGUUUUAUAGCCAAUGGUAAAUAACCAUUGCAAAUUAUGUUACACAACAGAACCAGCAUGCUAGUUUAUAAGCAAUCACAUCAGUUUAAUAAUUUCUUUAUCAUAAUUAUUAAAUUGCAGGACGUGCAGUAAAUCAAACUAGGUCAUGCUGCAGCUUUUUAGCUGCUUCAUAGGAAUGGAAACUGUUUCAUAUCUACCAGAUGCAGAUUAUACUAACAUGCCAAAAUUCAGUACACAAAAUUCAGUACACAAAUUGAUAAGGAAGUGUUACAUCAGGGAAUGGCCUGGGCAUAUACAUGACUAUAUAGGGUUAAACACUGGACAGCAUGCUCAUGACAAGGUUGUGUGAAUUAUUAGAGUUUGAGUUAGGGCUGCAUGAUACAUUGUUUAAGCAUUGUUAUCAUCACGAUGUGCACAUGCGCAAUAGUCACAUCGCAGGACGUGAUGGCAAUUAAAUCAAACACGUCAUGUUGCAAUGUUUUGAUUCUUGACACAUGAAGUAGAUACACAGCUCUGUGUCUGUGAAAGUGACAGGCUGCUGCUGCCUGAGAAGCGCAAGGUGGGGGGGGGGGGGGGGGGGUGUAGGGUGUUAACUGCAUGGCCUCCAUCCACAUGUUUGGGCACGUGCUUGUAAACGCACGUAUUGAAAGCUGUGCGCCUCAGUCCAGCAUUUGCAGCGCAGAUAUUUACAGCUGAGUUACAACUGAAUUCUCGCUUUUAAUCCAAGAAAAACGUUCUUUUUAACCUUUUAAAAAGCCAUUUAAAUGCCUGAUUAAAGGGCAGAUUACUGUUGUUUUGCUGUUUUCCUCCGGGUUUUAGUGCUUGGCGAUGACUCAGCUCUUUAACAGUCUGGACGUGAGACAGCACAUGGGUGAGGGCGGGGCUGGUGAUGUCAUGGGCCCUGAAUUGUUUAAUAUCACGAUAUAUAUUGUCAAAAAAAAGAACAUUUCCAAUAUCAUGCAGUCCUAGUUUGAGUGAGGUCUGACAGUGCAUACCAAUUGGAUGAGAAUUUUCAUUUCUGAAAUUAUGCAAGAAUUUUACAUUACUCAACGUGAUGCACUGGGAAUACAUCAAAGAAGGAAUUGCCACCCACAGUGGACAGCACAGUGGGUGGUAAUGAUCAUGAUCAGUGGCAUCUCGCUACAACUGACCAUGCAAAAAGACAAGCGAGUCCUGAUUCAAUGCAGGAGACCUCACAUUCAUAUCCCAAAGGUUAGUGCAGUGUCCUUCAGCUCCCGUGAUACUGCUUCCUGUACCAUGACAUUUGGCAUGUUUGUUUGUGUCUGCUCAAAACUUUGCUAUUUAUUUUACUCAAACCUCAGAUACAGAGUGCAUUAAUAAUAUCAUAGCGUGGGAUCGCUGACAUUUUAUUAAAGAGUUAAAGAGAAAUAUCACAUUUUAUAUUGCAGAAAAGAAAUAUCAGUAGUCAAUGUUACUUUUUUUUCAGUAAUUUGCCGCCUAAAGCUUUCCAUGUGGAAGCUGUUUAACUUCUACUUGAGAACACAAAAUGCUGCUUAUCUUAAAAGGCACACUUGGUCAGAGUAGAGGUCUUCUGGAUGCUAAGAAUCAUGCUGAGAAGAUGACCUUUACUCUUUUGGCAUUAGCAGUGGCUCUUUCAGAUUACCCACAAAAUUAGUGCUGUGACCUGCUUUUAUUGUACUUCAUACAUUCAAAGUUCUGAACUCUGGGUGAGUCUGAAUGAACAUGCCUUAAAACAUAAUGAUUCUACACUUUAUUUCACUCAGUUUUUCUAGAGUCAUUGUUUUUCCAAUAUUUGUUUUUUGUCUAUUUCUAUGUCUGAUAAUCACUGUCUGAAACGCUUAAAGUGCUGACUUGCUGCCUACAAUAUCUAUAUCACUUAGAAGGCAUGAAGGUCCCCUGUGUUACCAAGAUAUUGACAGCUCACUGUUCGAUACAAUACAAGCAUUUAGCUGGAUGUCUUCCUGUCUCAGACACAGGGACGGACUGUUUCUCACAGAUGUUUUUUUUGUUUUAAAUGUAGUUAAAUCUUUAUGUUGGUUUGUAAGCACCUUUUAACCUAAUCACAGAAGCUUGAGAACCGUGAAAAUAAUUUUUGCCACUGUGGUAAUUGUUUGAAUUGAGAAGAACCACUACUGGUGAAAACUAAAAAAUGACUGGUGACUUAUAAGGUGACUUUCAAAGAACUGCUGGUGGAUCAGUCCAUUAUUUGGUGACACACUUACGCUGAUCUGGUACAUAUUUACCCAGGGCAGUGUGGUGCCAGAGGUGUUUUGGUUGAGUGGACAGACACAGCCAAUGACUCUUUCACCAUCUUCUUACAGGUUCCCUGAGGUCACUUGUCAAACUGGAACUGAUGUCCUGAACGGUUCAGCAGGUUCUUGAUUUCUAGAAUUGCUUAAUCAGUUUGGCACACUUUAGAGAGAUUUAUUUAUUAUAGUUUAUUAGAGAUAUAUGUAUUUAUUGUACACAAAGAAUAUAGAUUUUAAGGGCUCUCGUGAAGGCUAGGGUUGAACAUUAAGGUCCUCAGCUGUCCAGAAUAAAAAAAGUAACCUAUACUAUGUACAAAUGUUUUUGGACACCUCUUCUACAGCUCUGGAAAAAAAUUAAGAGACCACUGCAGUUUCUGAAUCAGUUUAUCUGAUUUUGCUAUUUAUAGGUAUAUGUUUGUAAAAUGAAUGUUGUCGUUUUAUUCUAUAAACUACAGACAACAUUUCUCCCAAAUUCCAAAUGAAAAUAUUGUCAUUUAGAGCAAGUUUAUAUUCAUAAAGUUUAAAAAAGUUUAGAAAUCAAUAUUUCGUGGAAUUAACCUGGUUUCACAGGUUUCGUGCAUCUUGGAAUGUUCUCCUCCACCAGUCUUACACACUGCUUUUGGAUAACUUUAAGCCACUCCUGGUGCAUAAAUUUAAGCAGUUUAGUUUGGUUUGAUGGCUUGUGAUCAUCCAUCUUCCUCUUGAUUAUAUUCCAGAGGUUUUCUAUUUGGUAAAAUAAAAAAAAUCCAUCAUUUUAAGUGGUUUCUUAUUUUUUUCCACAGUUGUAUUUAAUGCAUUCAACUAAUUUAAAUUUACCCUCAUUGCUGACAUAUUUGAUUUAAUUGUCUAGUUAUUGAAGAGGAGUUGUGCCAAUAGAAUAGGACUCUCUGGAGCAGAUAAACAUGAAAAUAUAAAGCCUCACUGCAUUGAGCUAUGGAGUAGUGGGACUGUUUUGUCUGGAAUGAUGGUUGGGGAUGAGCUGGUGGGGUGGUGAUCAUCCAGCUUCCUUACUGAAAUCAAAUCCUCACAGCAAUGCUCCAAAGUCUAGUACAAAGCCUUCCCUGAACAGUAGAAAGGUUUUAUAAACCUAUAAAGGUUUUAUGUGAUUUCAGAAGAAAUUAAUGCUUGUCACAAUAUUUUUUGUCAAUGUAGUGUAUCUUUAUCGAAUCAGAAGUACCCUUUAAUAUUCUGUUUCUGUGGAUGUUGAUGUGUAGAACACAUUAUUGUUAUGUGUUAGCAUUUGAAAUAUUCAGGCUGUGUUUUUUAUUGUCCUUAUUAUUUUGUCUUAUUUAGGUCUUGACACACUGAUGUGGGUAGCAUGUCGAUGGUACUACUGCUUUAAAAAUAGACUUGAUUUGCUUUAAGCUCUUGAGCUAAACUUUAAGCUAAACACACGUGAGCCUUAAUCUCCAUUACUGCCUCCACUACUGCCAACCCUCAUCUUCACACCACAGAGAAGCCUCCUAUCUGCCACACAGGUGCCCACAGGCUUUACAGACAGACACAUAGAGCUGCUGACUGUCCUAAAAGCAUCCUGCUGCUUAUGGAGAAUCUCUGUAGUGAUCAUGAGAUCGCCUGCAAGUUACAAGAGCAGACAAGAGUGCAUUUAUAAUGAUGUAUCUUAUUUUAUUUGAUAACUAAUAUAUCUAGAGCUGAGCAUGUUUUUCCACUCUGUGAACACUUAUCAGUUAUUAUUUAGGCCUAUGUGCAAUAAUUAGCUUCAACAUCUGUGAACUAAAAGAGCACCAUGUUCUCUUUUAAAUUGAUUUAUCGAUUAGAUUUAUUAGGUUGAGGGGAGUUCAGCUGAGGUUGAGAAUAGCUGAUUCAGGCUGUUCUACUAUCUGUCUAAUGACAUGUGCCUGUGAUUUUGACCCUGUUUUGCUGUUAUACUGAUUUCUAUUCCAGAAUACACACAAAUACAGAUUAACAUAUGAUUACUGUUUUAUUAAGUUUAAGUUUUUGUUUUACUUUGAAUUAAAAGUGUUUAUUUAUGGUUUAA